AUUAAUUCGUGUGAGAAGGUAUAACGUUAGAAGCGUUUGUGAUUUCUUCAUAUCAUGUGUUAGGAUGUGCGCUCCUGCUCAAACCCAUAAUGUAAAGGAGCCUCCGGAGCUGCUGGCGGAGCUGAAAGCCGCUCAUCGACCGCGGCUAUACGGGACGCCGGACUGCGAGACAUGGAGCGCUCGCUUCUCUCCAGACGGCUCAUAUUUCGCCUGGUCGAUGGGAUUCGGGGUUAUCAAACUCCUCCCCUGGCCACUGACAUCCAGAGAUAGUGCUGAAUCUGGAUGCAGUAAAGAGAAGAUUUUAAACUGCAGGUUUCUGGUGUGGGCGCUGGCGUUUGGACCCUGCACAUCAACCCGAGUUGAUUCUGCACACCAGCACAGACAAGACCAUGAGCUGCUGCUGGCGGCUGGUCUGCACAAUGGUUCCAUCCAAGUAUGGCUCGUCUCCACUGGAAACCUGCAGUUUACUCUAACCGGACAUCAGGCUCCUGUGAGGGAUUUGGUUUUCUCUCCAAAUGGAAGUCUCACACUUAUAUCGGCCUCUCGGGACAAAACCUUAAGGAUAUGGGAUUUGGGAAAGAAAGGCGCCAGUCCUCAUGUGUUACGGGGUCCAAACUAUUGGGUGUUCCGAUGUGCCGUAUCGCCUGACAGCAGUGUCAUCGCCUCUGUCUGCAACCUCGACUCUAAGGUGUAUUUGUGGAGCUUGCGGUCGUACACCUUCAUGAAGCACCUCACAUACGAUCACGAGCGCACCAUGGCUUCAUGUGACUUCUCUCAGGACGGGGCACUGCUCGCCAUCGCUUCCUAUCAUUCAAACACUGGCUGGUGGCUGGACCUGUGGGACCCCUACACUGCAGAUCUGCUGACCAGAGUCCAGGACUGUGAGGUGUGUGCUUACAGAAGUGAUAAUCUGCUGACGUCCCUCAGUUUCUCUCCUGUUGGUCUGCUGCUCGCUUUUAAAGACUACAGGGCGUUACAGAUCUGGGAUGUGGAACGAGAUAAACUGGUCGCAGACACCGAUCACAAUCGGGCCGGUGGCGUGUGCUGUGCUUUCCAUCCACAAGGGGGCGUCAUCGCUACAGGGUGCAGAGAUGGACAUGUGAAGUUCUGGAAAGUUCCUCAUCUGGUCCCGAGUCUCAGACAUCUGUGCCGUGUUGCCCUGAGAUUCUCCAUUUCCACUUAUCAGGUUGAGGCUCUUCCCUUGCCAACAAAAAUCCUGGAAUACCUUACUUACAGGGAUGUUCCCAAGCAAAAGAUUCUAUAUUGUAAAGAGCACGGCAGGUGACUGAAAACAAGCCAUGUGUGAGAAUCAAACUUCACUUUAAAUGCUAGGAUGCCUAAUUACCCAACAACAAAAUGACGCUACACUUGAAAUAUUUAUUUAAAAGACUUUUUUUUUUACAGUUAACUUGAAAAUUACACAUUUCUUUUACAAAGUUCUGAAACGUGCUUCAUUUCAAGCAGAACGAUUUAAUUUGAACAAUAUUACAGAGUUCUGAGCAGAUUGUGGUCAAAACUACAUGAGGUUGUUAAAGGCAGAGUUCACCCAAAACUGAAAAUCAUUCACUUCUUCCAAACCUGUUUAAGUUUUUUCAUCUGUCAAACACAAAAGAUAUUUUGAAGAAAGCAAGAAAGCUGUAACCAUUGACAUCCAUAGUAUUUCGUUUUCCUCCUAUGGAGAUCAAUGGUUACCGCUUUUCAAGCUUUCUUCAGUGUAUCCUCUUUGUGUUCAUCAGAACAAAGUCAUACAGGUUUAGAACUGAAUUGAGUGCGAGGAAGUUUUCAUUUUUGGGUGAACUAUCCCCCUUGAUCUCAUGACAUGACAGAUCCACGUUUCAAAGUUGGAAAGCAAAUGAUCUAUCCAUCGCUGACGACUAUGUCUCUAACAGCCUGGAAAGCAGCAACCAUUGAGCUCAGCUGAAUCUUCUCGCUGGUUCCAGAGGCCAGACGAUACCUUAAUGUUGAGAAAGAAAAGAACAGGAACUGAAUUCAUAAUGUACAUUCUAAACAAGCACCUCAACUGAUAAGGAAUAAAUGCAAGAGAAGUAUAUAAACAUAACACUAAACAACCAGUUCCUACACUAAUAUUAUUUAAGGUGUAAUUUACUUCAAAGUUUUCUUUAUUUUAGUCUUUAUGAUCACAGCUUCAUCUUUAUUAAGUUUCUUUUACAUGUUUUUAAUCCAUGGCGGACUAUUUUUAAGUAUCGUAUGAUGUCUAAUGUAAAACAUCGCGAUAGAUGAUGGCAUCGUCGUUGUAGGCGGUGGUGAACUAAUUACCAAACCAUAAAUACAAAAAAGUUACACACAAAUUAACACCUGUCGAUCACUUUCCGCAGGACUCUGGCAUGAAUAGUCAGAGUGAUGUGUCGUUAUAAUGGUGUCGACAAACUUGGUUGGCAAAAAAUGUGAAGGCUGACUGCUGGAGUGCAGAGGCUGUAUAGUUUGGAUGAAGAUCUUUUCAGAAAUGCUAUGUGAAACACCAGUGUGGACGUGGAUAGUUUUCGUUCUAAAAUGCAAUUUUAAAAUUAAGACGUAUUAAUGUGAACGGGGCCUAUAAGUGUGUAUUUUUCGCGAGCGGGUAGCUGCUGCGAUGGGGGCGGGGCGGAGGAUCGCGAUGCCGGCUCUGCAUCGUGAUGUCUAUCGGCCAUCGAUUUUAGUGACAAAUCAUAUUUAGACACAAAAUUGGUGAAAAUGCUUAGAAAAUGUUCAAAAACUCUGGGCAAACUGACUACCCUUUCAUUAUGUUCGUGGCUUUUUUUUCCUCAUUGACUUCCAUUAUAAUGACGUUUUUUGAUUGCAAAGUCAUGACAUCAUAUAAUCAUGCAUUCUUUAAUGAUUUACAAUUUAUAAUUUGCUCUUUUAAUUCAUUUUUGCACAAGUCUAUCUAAGGGGUUAAUGCCAACAGAUGAUCAGCAGUAACAAAUUGUACCUCUUCCCAACUGGGAAAACCAUCAACAAUCAAGAAUGCAUGAUUAUAGAGUGUCAUUGCUUUGCAAUCAAAAAUGUCUUCAAAAUGGAAGUCACUGGGGCAAAAACAGCCCUGAGCAUAACAACAGGGUAGUCAAAUUUGAACAAUACAAGCAUUAAGUUGAUGUAAAAAAGCUGAGAGAGAACAGAUUAUUAUACUAGAACCGUGCAUUCAGUCUUAAAGUAGCGCUAUAAAUAUGCUCUUUUACUCCAUUUGUUUUGGAGGUGUCCAUUUUUAUAUGCAUUCAAGGAAGAACUAGUUAAUCCACCUCAACCUCCAUCAUAAACAUUUCUGGUGAGAUUAUGAACACAAAGGCCAAUCAGAGGCAUUUAUAUUAGUCACCGGUUAAAACAAUGAGGGUCUCAUUUAUAAACUUCCCUCUCAAAAGUUGUGAUCUAUACAUGUGCUCAGCUGUAACUAAGUAAACCUAUUUAACCUAAAUAUUGACUUAAUUGAGCCACUUUAAACCAUAUAAGCCAUAAUCAUUAAUGAACAACAUUAAAAUAUAUU